GCGCGGUCUUGCCUGUGCCUUGUCAGGCUGGUUUCCAGCCCUGGGGAAGCUCAAGUGAUCCGACAGAAAGCGAACAAUAGCACGGCGGUUCAGCGGUGCUCGGAGAGGACGGUCAUGUGAUGCGUCUUCAAGCCCACGCCGUUAUUAAUAUGGACCGCACGAGCACGACCCGAAUAAAUCCGUGGAAACUGAACGUGUCUUUUUCCAUGCAGUUUUUUUUUGGUUUGUUUCCAUCCUUCCAGGAAGUGGGAGCGGACGAGCGGCUGCAGCUCUUUAACGGGCGGCGCUUGUUGUUGUGUUCGGACCCUUGGACGCGGCUCGCUCGAACUGGCGCCACUUCACCUCACCUUUAACACCGAUUUAGGGAGAAGGAUCCCGACAGGUUCGCUUUUUAACCAUCGCGCAAAGGGACACAGGACGGCUCCAUUCAGCCUUCCAACCUUUCCCUCCUUUCGACUGAACCCGGCCUCGAGCCCCGGCGCGCAAAGCCGAUGUUCAACAUGAAGUGAUCGGAGAGAGAUGUUCCACGGCCACGGCUUUUCCAUUUCGCAUUAAAACGUCACAUUAAAUUAAUAGCAGAAGGCGGACGGAGAGCGAAAAACCCCUCAAGAUGAGGUCUGGUUUGGCUCCGGGCAUUAAACUCAUCACCUCUUUCUCCAGAGACAGCUGGUACAGAGGCUUCACUCUGUUCCUUACAUUUAUCUUCUACACUACUUAUCACCUGUCCCGGAAACCAAUCAGCAUUGUCAAGAGUGAGCUGCACAGAAACUGCUCCAUCGUGAUUCAGCCACCAGACCUCAAUACGACCAACAAUGAGACAUGGUGUGACUGGGCUCCUUUUGACCAAAACAACUAUCAGACACUGUUUGGAGUGCUGGACAACUCCUUCCUGGUGGCCUAUGCCAUUGGCAUGUUUUUCAGUGGGAUUUUUGGGGAGCGGCUGCCAUUGCGUUACUACCUCUCCACAGGAAUGCUGCUCAGUGGCUUCUUCACAGCUCUGUUUGGCCUGGGCUUCUACUGGAACAUUCACUCCAUUUGGUACUAUGCCUUUGUCCAGGCCAUGAAUGGAUUAGUGCAGACAACAGGCUGGCCAGCAGUGGUGGCCUGUGUUGGAAACUGGUUUGGAAAGGGGAAGCGAGGGUUCAUCAUGGGCAUCUGGAAUUCACACACAUCAGUGGGAAACAUCCUGGGAUCUCUGAUCGCAGGGGUCUAUGUGUCUUCAGCCUGGGGGCUGUCCUUCAUUGUACCUGGCAUCAUCAUCGCCGCCACAGGAGUGGUCUGCUUUUUCUUCCUUGUGGAAAGACCUGAAGAUGUGAACUGCAGCCCUCCAAAUCAUCAUGAGACUUCAGAGCAGGAGCCCCUCCUCCAUAAUGCCUCCAGCACAGAAGAGAUCUUCAGCAGCCCUGAGACCACAGUGCGAGAGCUGCCCAGAGACAAUGAAAAGGCCAUCAGCUUUUUGGGGGCCCUUCAAAUUCCAGGCGUUGUAGAAUUCUCCCUCUGCUUACUCUUUGCCAAGUUGGUCAGCUACACGUUCCUCUACUGGCUGCCUCUGUACAUUGCAAACGUUGCACAUUUUGAUUCCAAGGGAGCUGGGGACAUGUCAACAUUGUUUGAUGUUGGAGGAAUUGUGGGGGGCAUCCUGGCAGGACUGGUGUCUGAUUACACUGAUGGCAGAGCCACCACCUGCUGGGUCAUGCUGAUUGUCGCCGCGCCCAUGCUGUUCCUGUAUAAUCAUGUCGGACAGAACGGCCUCCCCACCACCAUUGGUAUGCUGCUGCUGUGCGGGGCCCUGGUCAAUGGUCCCUAUGCCCUCAUCACCACCGCUGUAUCAGCUGACCUGGGAACACACAAAAGCUUGCGAGGCAACUCCAGGGCCUUGUCGACGGUUACUGCUAUUAUUGAUGGGACGGGAUCAAUAGGUGCUGCUCUGGGCCCUCUGUUAGCUGGGUUGAUUUCUCCAACUGGGUGGAAUAAUGUGUUUUACAUGUUGAUCAUCGCAGACAUCUGUGCUUGUUUGCUUUUGUCCAGACUUGUCUAUAAGGAGGUGAGGAGCUGGUGUGGCUAUACCACCCGGCAGAGGGGGUUCAAAGAAAUCUGAGAACCAUUGCACCCGAGGGAACCAUUCUCCAGCUUCAGAAAAUCAACACGUUAAUGUUAAAAAGGGACCAACUUGUGAUUCAGCAAACUGCCAACGAGAACACAGCAAAGUAUUUUAAUAAGAGACUUUAAUCUCUCAAACCCACAAUGAAUCGCAACCUUAACGGCCCGGUGCCGGAGAGAAAACAGAAAUGAAAGAGCUGCAGAUGUUCAGGGACCGUCAUAGACCUGGUGGAAGAAACGUCGGUCCAGAAGCCCCCAACAAUGCUCUUCUCAUUAAUAUGGAACUUUCUACCGGCUAAUGCCUUUCUCUCUUGUUUCCAGUUGUAUAUCUUUUAUCAUUAAAAUUGCGCUUGUUGCAUU